UCCGGGCCGGGGAGCGGGGACGAUGACUAGAAACAAGCCUGAUUGACAAGUCACAGCACAAAUUAACUCUAGAUAGCGGCUGUGACGAGAACACGGAAUCAAACGCAGUGUAGAAGUAUUCCACACGAUAAUUUGAGCUAAUGUCAACAGAGAAAACACGAAAAAUCAAGUAAAAAUAGAUACCUGAGUACCAAACAAAACAAGCCUAACCUAGCUUUAACAAAGCAACAACCUCACUGCCAUCUAUAAAGAUGAUGUCCCUCGUGGCCUAUGGAAGCAGUGGCGAAAGUGAAAAUGAGAGUGACAAUGAGGUAGAACCUACUGCCUCUCCGAAGCAGGGCUCAUCUCCUCAACUGACAGUUCAAGUGACAAGUGGCCCAGUUCCUGUUGUUUCAUCCGAUGAAACACUCGUACUUCCUUCAGGCAGCAAACAGGGUCUGCACACCAAGUUGCCACCCCCAAAGACUGCUGUCAGGGAAGGCAUCGAGGAUGAAGACUCUAGUGAAUCACUCGGCCUUGGUUCGAAGCUACCUGCCCCUAAAACGCUCACUACUCCGUCACUACUUGAAAGUUCCAUAGUUGCAUCUAGAGGUAAAAAUAAAAAGGGAACUGUGAAGAUAAUGAUACCGUCACUGUCAGAUUUCCCAGAAGAUGAAGAUGAGCCCAAGCCUAGAAAGAAAAUCCAGCCAUCUGAGAAAGGAUCGGGGUUAUUUGCAUUAUUACCGCCGCCCAAGCAAGCACCACCAAUUAAGCAGGCCAACCGGUCACUAGUUCCUAAUGUGCUGACAAGAAAACCCACUCCAGCACCAACCCCUGUGAGGAAACCUAAACCCUCUGCUCAGUCUGCCAAGCGAAAGCACCAAGACUCUGACCCAGAAUCAGAUGGGGAUGGUGAAGGCAUCGACUUCUUCUCAUUAAAUAAAGAGGAUAAGCUACCAGAUAUUCCUAUAGCUGAGGUUCCAUUACUUCCCACUGUCACUGAAUAUGAAAGUUAUGGAGUAUCGGAAGUACCGGCUUUCCCAGACCCAUCAUCAUCCCAUCAACUAACGGACUACCAAUAUCAACAGUAUCCUGAACCAGAAUCAACUGCUGCUAUUCCACAAGCUGAUUCUGGCCAGGACUUCAUUAAUUUCAAUGGUGGUGAAGACCUCCCAUUGGAUGACGAGGCUCUUAAGAAGUUGUGUGGAAGAAAGGGACGCAAUCGAGAGGAAAUUCAAAUUUUGGAUGUGUCAGGUGAUUCUAUUAUGCCUGAUCAACGCGAAUGGUUAACUAAACAGCUUACAGAGGAACAGCCACGGCCAAGCAGUAAAAGCAAACUCUUUGGGCCAAGCUCGCAGCAGAAGCGUAAACAUCAAAUCACCUACCUUGCUCAUGUGGCUAAAGAAAAUGAACUUGAACUUAAGAAUCAAUGGGCAAACAACCGACAAACUCGGAAACAAACCCAAUCUAAGUAUGGGUUCUAGAUGCAAUUUGAUUCUAAUGUUUACACUUCCUGUGAUUUUCAUCAUUGUUUCCUUUCAUGAAAACAACUGUACAUUUGUAAAUUGUUGCCUCUCAAUUAUAUAUUUUCACUAAAUUUGGGA